AUGUUUGAAGUGUUCAACGACGUCAAGAAAAACGUCUACCGACGAACGUUAGUAAGCGGCGAGGAAGGCGAAGCUAAUCGCGGAGAACGCAUGGACACGUCCCGGAUCGAAGGACAGGUGGUAGUGUCUUCUGACGACGCCAUUAUCCUCGAAGAUGUCCCAAUAGUCACGCCGAAUGGAGACGUCGUAGUUAAGAAUAUGUCCAUAGAGAUCAAACCCGGAAUGCAUACGCUCAUCACGGGGCCCAAUGGAUGCGGAAAAAGUUCUCUUUUUCGUAUAUUGGGUGGUUUGUGGCCCGUAUAUCGAGGAAAGAUCAGACGACCACGACCUGAGCGUAUGUACUACAUCCCUCAACGGCCGUACAUGACACUAGGAACUUUGAGGGAUCAGGUAUGUUCGACGCAAAGAUUAGUCAUCUACCCGCAUACAACGGUACAAAUGCGUCGAAAUGGAGUUACUGACGCAGAUCUCGCCCGUAUCCUUGAAACUGUUCACCUCUCCCAAAUAGUACAAAGAGAAGGAGGUUGGAAUGCACAGAACGAUUGGAUGGAUGUGCUGUCUGGUGGAGAGAAGCAACGUAUGGGAUUGGCCAGAGUAUUUUACCAUAGGUGA